AUGGCCGACGGAUUGAAGAUGGGAAGCCUUUCCCUCAACGACUCUCAACAUGCGCCUGCCGCCCCUUCCAACGCCCCGGUGACUGGCCGUUCUGCCUAUAUCCCUCCACACCUCCGCCAGCGGGGUGGUGCUCCCGCCGCUGCGCCUGUUGAGGCCGCAGCUCCCCCUCCCCCUCCCCAAGCCCAAGGCUCAUGGGGUGGUCCCAGAGGAGGCCCCCAUGAUAGUAACUGGGCUAACGCCAACGCUCCUGACUUCAGUCCCCGCGGUCCCAAUGGUAACAAUACUUGGAGCCCCCAUGAAGGCAGUCGCCACUCCUUUAACCCAAAUGCUUACGGAAACCCAGGUCACGGAGCCUCCUACAGUGGUGGUGGCGGCAGCGGCAGCGGUGGUUCUGCGCGAGGCUCUGGAGAUGGACAGUGGCGUGAUGGCAAGCAUAUCCCUGGCCCCGCCAACGCCCGCCUGGAGCGUGAACUCUUCGGUCUUCCCAACGAUCCUACCAAGCAGAGCACUGGUAUCAACUUCGCCAACUACGAUGACAUCCCCGUCGAGGCUUCUGGCCACAACGUUCCCGAGCCUGUCAACGCAUUCACCAACCCCCCCCUGGACGACCACCUUUUGUCGAACAUCAAGCUUGCCCGCUACCAAACCCCGACUCCUGUCCAGAAAUAUUCGAUCCCCAUUGUUAUGAACGGUCGUGAUUUGAUGGCCUGCGCCCAGACCGGUUCCGGAAAGACUGGUGGUUUCCUCUUCCCUAUCCUCUCCCAGGCCUACAAGAACGGACCUGCUGCUCCUCCUGCCCAAGCAGCUGGCCAAUUCGGUUACGGUCGCCAGCGCAAAGCCUACCCAACCUCCCUCAUUUUGGCUCCUACCCGCGAACUUGUUUCCCAGAUCUUUGAUGAAGCCCGAAAGUUUGCGUACCGCUCUUGGGUCCGGCCCUGUGUCGUUUAUGGUGGUGCUGAUAUUGGCUCUCAGUUGCGCCAGAUCGAGCGUGGCUGUGACCUGCUUGUUGCUACCCCCGGUCGUCUCGUUGAUCUUAUCGAGCGUGGACGUAUCUCCCUAGUCAACAUCAAGUACCUCAUUCUUGACGAGGCUGAUCGCAUGUUGGACAUGGGUUUCGAACCCCAGAUUCGUCGAAUUGUCGAGGGUGAAGACAUGCCUUCUGUCACUGACCGUCAGACUCUCAUGUUCUCCGCCACCUUCCCUCGGGACAUCCAGAUGCUGGCCCGCGACUUCUUGAAGGACUACGUCUUUCUGUCCGUUGGUCGUGUUGGUUCUACUUCUGAGAACAUCACACAGAAGGUUGAGUACGUCGAGGACCACGACAAGCGCUCUGUCCUGUUGGAUAUCCUUCACACCCACGGCACCAGCGGUCUCACCCUGAUCUUCGUUGAGACUAAGCGUAUGGCCGAUGCUCUGUCUGACUUCCUUAUCAACCAACGUUUCCCCGCUACUGCCAUUCACGGUGACCGCACCCAGCGUGAGCGUGAGCGUGCACUAGAGAUGUUCCGCUCCGCUCGCUGCCCAAUCCUUGUUGCUACUGCCGUUGCUGCUCGUGGUCUCGAUAUCCCCAACGUCACCCACGUCAUCAACUACGAUCUGCCAACUGAUAUUGAUGACUAUGUUCACCGUAUUGGUCGUACUGGUCGUGCUGGUAACACCGGUAUUGCUACCGCCUUCUUCAACCGUGGCAACCGUGGUGUAGUCCGUGACCUGAUUGAUCUCCUGAAGGAGGCUCACCAGGAAGUUCCCUCUUUCCUGGAGAGCAUUGCUCGUGAAGGUAGCGGAUACGGCGGCCGUGGAGGCCGUGGAGGCCGUGGCCGUGGUACCAACGCUACUCGUGAUAUGCGCCGCAUGGGCGGUGGUGGAUCCAUGGGUGGCGCUCCUUCCUACGGUGGCAGCGGCUACGGUGGUGCUCCUUCCAGCAACUAUGGUAGCUAUGGCGGAGCUCCUUCUUACGGUGGCAGUGGCUAUGGUGGUGGUAGCUAUGGUGGUAGCGGCGGCGGCAGCGGCGGCGGCAGCGCUGCUGCUGGUGCUGGUGGUGGCAGCUAUGGCAACCCAUCGGGCCCUACCGGACCUUCUUCCUGGUGGUAA